CUUUUCACGGCGUGUUAUUCGUGGCUUUGUUAGAAGAAGGUCGGUCAGAGAUGAAAAUGGAAGCACCUAAUGCAUACAAAGAAGAAUUGAAGGUUGAACUAGAACCUUUAGAUCCCAAUUCCAACGCUUACAGAUUAUUAAGCAAAGAAAUGGAGCGAGUGGAGAAGGGAGAACCAGAGACUAGCAGUAGCACAACUAACGCACAACUACCACCAUCGUCGUCUUGGUUAGAACUUCAUCAUGACAAACCCCAGUCAGUGAAAAUUCAAAUCAGAAUUCCCAUCAAAGAACACCCAAAGUUUAAUUUUGUUGGUAAACUACUUGGACCAAAGGGUGUUACAUUAAGAAGACUGCAAGAAGAAACUGGGACCAAAAUGUCUAUUUUAGGCCGAGGAUCAAUGAGAGACAAAGCAAAGGAAGAAGAAUGUAGAAAGGAAGGUGGAAAGUUUGCCCAUUUAACUCAGGAUCUUCAUUUAAUGGUUGAAGUGUUUGCAGAAGCCGUUGAGGGUUAUGGGAGAUUAUCACAUGCACUGACAGAGUUAAAGAAAUUUAUGGUUCCUGAUUUUAACGAUGAUAUAAGAGCACAACAGUUUGAACAGAUGGGUUACAUGAAUAAUGGUGAUAAGCCUGUAAGAGGAGGCUUCGGAGGUCGAGGAGGACCCCCACGUGGUCGAGGAGGUCCACCAGGAGCAGGGGGCCCACCUGCAGGUCCACCAAGAGGUGGAAUGGCAGGAAGAGGGGCACCAGGACCCAGAGGAGCCCCACGUGGUGGUCCACCUAGAGGUGCACCUAGGGGAGGAUUACCUAGAGGAGGACUGGCUGGUCCUGGCAGAGGAAGGGCUGGUCCACCACCAGUUCAACCCCCACCCGUUUAUGAUGAUUAUGGAUCUGCUGGUUAUGAUGAUGGAUAUGGACAAGCUGCAGGUGGAUACAGAGAUCAGUCAUACGAUCAGGGAUAUGAUCAAGGAGGAACUCAAUAUUUUGAUUAUGGACAUGGUGCUGGAGCUGGUAGUGGAGCUGGAUAUGAUUAUGGUGGUGAAACUGGUGGUUGGGGAGGUAACCCUGUUCCUGCAAAGCCUGAACGCGGUCGAGGAGGAAAACCCAGUUAUGGUCAGCGACCACACCCAUACAGCCGUGGGGGAUAUUAGUCAAUUGUUAAUGGUGUUCCAGGUCUUCAUCAUAUACAGUACAUCACAUUGUGUUUCGUCAUCAUCACUUCAUGGACAUUGUCUUCAGGUACAAGAACAUCUUGUGCUUAGAUUAUAUAGAUGCAUUUAUUAGGGCAUCAACAUCAAUUGUGCUUAUGUAUUACAAAAUAUAUAUUAUAAUAUAUAUUAUAAACAUUAAUUUAAAGCUUAACUGUAAGCACAAAGACAUUAAUCAAGAUUUGUUUUUAUUAAAACAUUGGACAUUUCAUUUUUAUGUUGUAAUAACAAAUCUUUUAAUCUAAGGUCUUUCCAUGAGAGAAUUUUUAAUUGUAAAUUUAAUCAAAGAAUAUUCCCGAAAGAGGGUAAAAACUCAGAAAUAAUUAAUGUUGGUGAUUCUUUUGAAUAAAUUAAAGUUAAGUGUGCUUUGAAUAAAUAAUAGUCUGUAAUAUGUGUAUAACUAUGAAAGGAAAGAAGUUGUUUUCAGAGAAUCUGCUAAUAAAUAUGCAGUAUAUAAAUAUAGGCACUAAGUGCUGAUUACUCUGACCAUUUUAACUAUAUUAAAAGAUGACUAGAUAUUGCAUAUAAAAUCAGUUAUGUCAACAAAAUAUGAAAAUGUGACUUGAUCUUGCAUAUAUUAAGGUCAACAAAAUAUGAAAUGACUAGAUCUUGCAUAUAAACAAUUAUGGCAACAAAACAUCAACUUAAACUGAAAACAAAUGCAUUUGUUUGCUUCUGGAAUUUAAGAAGUGGUAUAUUAAAAGACAGUUUAUAAAUAUAUUUAUGAAUUUCUGGUGUAAACUAGUGGAAUUGAUAAUAUUUGAUAAACAUUUUUCACAUGUUUUGAAUUUCAUAUAAAGGCAAAUCUUAUAUAAAUUCAAUAGAAAAUAAGGGUUUAAUUCUAAUAAAUAUACAAUGAAUAGUGUACAAAUAUAGAAAACUAUGUGAAACUUAAAAUGUGUGAACAUAGAUAUUGAAGAAAUUCCAAGAAAAAUAAUAGAUGAAAGUUGAAAUGGCAAUCCUUAAAGAAUAUUUGUGCUGCACAGGCUUAAUAUAAUGUAAACCAGCAUUAAUAUUGAGCAGAAAUAAUAGUAACAGGUAAAGUGACAAUCUUUAUUUGAGUAUGAAGAGAUAAAUUAAGGUAGAUAUAAUAUUAUAAUAAAAGAAAUAAAAUAUACCUGUAUUUCCAAUAACCAAACCCAAGAUAACAUUAAAUCAUCUAAUAUUUAAAAGCUAAUUGUCCAGUACUGACCACUGAUUAUUCACAUCUUAAGUAGUUAAUAAGUCCUCAAUUUGGUUAUUGGAAUUGGGUUCUUUAACAUUAUUAAAUUUUUUAUAAUAAUUAAAACAUUUAAAAAAUAAUUGAUUUAAUAUUAAAAAUAUCUAUUUUUAAUUUUGAUUAAUUGAAUUUAAAAUAAUUUUCAUAUAUUGCAGGUACCAGCUUUAGUACUAGAAACAGAUGUUAAUCAAUGUUUUUAUAUUUUCAGACAAACAAGGCAGCAGAACAGAUUUUAUGGAAAUGUGUGCAAUAAAUGAAAAAUAAAUUUUAUAUUUUUAUACUCCCA